UACAUUGACGGGUACGUGUUUUUAUAUGUGGUCAGUUUAUUAUUAUAGUUUCCUUAAUUAGUUGAAUAACUAUUUGUCCUUCGUGAUAGGUCUCACUGGCAGCUGAUGGUUAUCAUUCCCAAACAAUGUAAAAUUAUAUGGUUUUGUUCGUUGCACAGGAAGAUGAAAAAUGACUUGAGAACCAUGCUUCAAGGAGUUAUUGGUAAAUCUCGUGGUCAAUUGGUUCAAAUUUUGUAUCCAAAGUGUAACCAGCAGGUAGAUUCAUGGGAAUGUGGCUUCUAUGUGAUGUGUUGGAUUAAGACCAUCAUUCGAGCUGUCAUUACAGAUGACUGGAAUGAGCGCUUCAAGACUACAUCGCCUAUUACAGAGGACACAAUUAACCAGAUAAGGCAGGAGUGGACCGCUUAUCUUCUACAAAGAUGGAGUUAGGAAUAGUUAUAUUUCUUCUUGAUUGAACAUUGUUUGGUUUUAGUUUUAUUUUUAUGUUAAUAGUUUGGUAGUGGAUUGAACAUUAAGUAGAAUUUUGUUUAUAUAAAACGCAUAUUUAUGUUAUUGGAGAAUUGU